CCAUCGUCAUCCACAGUCCUCAGUCGUUUGCUGGUUGAACGUUGAAAUCUGAGCCAAAUUCCAGAACAUGCUGCAACCAAGUUUCCCAUCCGCCAUUCCAUCUCACCCCCCUCACUCGUCCGGCUCAUCGUCUUUCGAUAUAAAGCGCCAUACACGAACCAAAGAACUCCAGUUUCUGAGGAAAUAUGGCCAUCGACACCACUCUUAUGAUAACGAGAAGGCCCCUUAUCCACUGUCAUACGAUAAGCACGUCCUCGAAAUGGAAGCUCUUGAUAACCGACUGACCCAGCACCUACGAGGAUCUUCAUCAUUCGUAAACUUUGACGAGUCUCCGGCUAGAGUUCUGGAUCUCGGCUGCGGGACGGGAACUUGGGUUGUCGAUGCAGCAAAGGAAUGGCCCAACGCUGAAUUCGUCGGGUUCGACCUCGUCAAUGUUCAAGUCCCUCUCAAGUUGUUGGACCCUUCGAUUGCGAAACGGAUAACAUGGAGACAUGGCAACUUGUAUGUCCGCAACCGUGUCUUUGUUGGUGCCAGAAAUGAUGACGGGAUGACGGGGGACCAGUUUAACCACGAAGCUUCCAUUCGAGGACGACGAAUUCGACUUUGUGCACAUACGCUCCAUCUCCAAGGGUGUCCCAGAGAGCAAGGUUGGCUCCUCAGAAUUUCCUUUCACCUCCAUUCUGACCAAUUACCUAGUGGGACGUCCUCUUCGAGGUCUGGUCCAUUCCUAGUCUUUUCUCAAUGUGUUGGCUCAAUUCCUCAUAGGAAAUCAAUCGAGUUCUGCUGCCCGGAGGUGCUGUUGAAAUCGUUGAAGAAGAUCUCAUCUUUCCUGUACUUCCCCGCUGGUUUACGGGGGCUCUGCGCUCAAGGUCACGACGGCCUUCUACCCCCACGGAUAUCAACGGGAAUCCCGUGGCAGACAUACCCCCUCAUGAUCACGCCCUACUUGAAUCUCUCAUGA